AUGGUCCUCCAAGACCUUGGGCGGCGGAUUAACGCCGCUGUGAAUGACUUGACCAGGUCGAGCAGUCUAGAUGAGAAGGCCUUUGACUCCAUGUUAAAAGAAAUAUGCGCCGCCCUGCUAUCUGCCGACGUCAACGUUCGCCUUGUCCAAAACCUUCGAAAAUCGAUCAAAUCGUCCGUUAAUUUUUCCUCUAUCCCACCAGCAGUUAAUAAAAAGCGGUUAAUACAAAAGGCUGUUUUCGAUCAAUUGGUUUCUCUCGUAGACCCCCACAAUGAGCCAUUCAAGCCCAAAAAAGGACGGUCGAAUGUGAUCAUGUUUGUUGGGCUGCAGGGUGCAGGGAAAACCACAACAUGCACGAAGCUGGCGAGGCAUUAUCAGACCCGAGGGUUCAAGUCAGCGCUGGUUUGCGCAGAUACGUUCCGUGCCGGUGCUUUUGACCAAUUGAAGCAGAAUGCAACGAAAGCCAAGAUUCCAUACUACGGCAGUUUAACGCAGACGGAUCCUGCUAUCGUCGCUGCGGAGGGGGUUGACAAGUUUAAGAAGGAGAAAUUUGAAAUCAUCAUUGUCGACACCAGUGGUAGGCAUAAGCAGGAGGCGGAUCUUUUUGCUGAAAUGACACAGAUUCAAAGUGCUGUUAAGCCAGAUCAGACUAUUAUGGUGCUUGAUAGUACCAUCGGCCAAGCUGCGGAAGCCCAGUCAGCUGCCUUUAAGGCAACUGCUGAUUUUGGCGCUAUUAUCAUAACUAAAACGGAUGGACAUGCUGCUGGCGGUGGCGCCAUUUCUGCAGUCGCCGCUACCCACACUCCUAUCAUAUUUCUAGGUACCGGUGAGCAUAUGCUGGAUUUGGAGCGGUUUGCCCCAAAGCCGUUUAUUCAAAAACUAUUAGGAAUGGGUGAUAUUGCCAGCCUAGUCGAACAUGUCCAAGCCGUGACAAAAGAUUCUGCUGGUGCAAAAGAAACUUAUAAGCAUAUCGCGGAAGGGAUCUUUACACUUCGGGAUUUCCGUGAAAAUAUCACUUCUAUAAUGAAAAUGGGGCCCCUUUCCAAGAUAUCCAGUAUGAUUCCAGGUCUUUCUGGCCUUACUGCAGGCCUAGAUGAUGAAGAUGGUUCUCUCAAACUCCGUCGCAUGAUUUAUAUCUUCGACAGCAUGACGUCAGCCGAAUUAAACGGCGACGGCAAAGUUUUCGUGGAGCAACCAACGCGGAUUGUCCGGAUCGCCCGUGGCAGUGGCACCACUGUACGAGAAGUGGAAGACCUUCUUUCGCAGCACAAGAUGAUGGCCGGCAUGGCAAAGAAAGUUGGUGGUCAAAAGAAACAAAUGCAACGUGCACAGAACAUGCUCAAAGGCGGGAACAAAGAGCAACAGAUGGCUGCCAUGCAAAAAAGGAUGGCUGCCAUGGGCGGUGCUGGUGGCCCUGGAAUGCCUGGGAUGCCUGGUAUGUCCGGAAUGCCCGGUAUGGGAGACAUGGCAAAAAUGAUGCAGAUGCUACAGGGGGGUGGAGGUGCAGGUGGUGGAAUGCCGAACUUUGGUGGCAUGGAUCUCCAGAGCAUGAUGAGCCAAAUGGGCGGUAUGAUGGGCGGUGGCGGCGGCGGCAGUGGUGGUGGUGGAAGAGGCCGCCGGUAG